AUGGCAAAGUUGAAGCCGUGUGCUCUUCUGGCUUUGCUCCUCGUAUCAACACUUGCAACCGUCUCCCAAAGCCGACUCGCCAGGAAAGACCUCGGCUUGGACUUGGGCGGCGGCAUAGGUCUCGGGUUCGGCACUGGUAGUGGCUCCGGGGCAGGUGGAAGCGCAAGCUCGAGUUCAUCUAGCUCGAGCUCAAGUGGAGGUGCGGGCUCGGAAGCCGGUUCCUCGGCUGGGUCGGGUUCGGGUGGUGGGUCAAUUAGGGCCGGAUCGGGUGACAACCGUGGAUGA